AUGGCGUCCGACGCACAAACCACCUUACCACCAGCACCCGAAACCCUCGAGCAGAUCCAAGCCCGGCACCGCAAAGAGGCCAAGGACCUCCAGGGCCGCAUCACCAGCAAGAAGAAGAACGCGACCAAGAAGACGCGCAAGGGAGUCAAUGAUGAGUGUGCCGAGAUGGAGAGGCAGAUGAAGGAGCGGCAGGCGGAAGAGAUACGGAAGGUGAACGGCGGGGCGGAGGACGGGGAAGAGGAGGAACAAGACGGAGGAGGAGUGGAUGGCGAGGCACCCACACAAAAAGAAACACAAGAAGAAGAAGAAGAAGCAGGCGCAGCAGCAGCAGAAACAGGCAACGGCCCAGCCAAGAAACGCAACCGCCAAAAGGAGCGUCUAGCCCGCCGCGCCGCCGAACAAGAAGCCGCCGCCCUGGCCGCCGAGCAGGAAGCCGCCCGCAUGCCAGACCACCGCGCCGUCGAGAAGACGACCAUGCUCGCGGCCUUCAAGAAGCACGGCCUCGCCGAGCACGAGAUCAGACCCGACGGGCACUGUCUGUUCUCUGCGGUGGCGGACCAGCUCGGGCAGAUCGGGGUGCCGCUCGGCGAGGGGACGGUGGGGGAGCCUGGGUACAAGAUUGUGCGGCGGAGGGCGGCUGGGUAUAUCGAGCAGCAUGGAGACGAGUAUGCUGGGUUCCUGGAGGAGGACCUGGGCAGGUAUGUGGCCAAGAUGAGGGAUACGGCCGAGUGGGGCGGGCAGCUGGAGCUGUUGGCGCUGGCGAGCGUGUAUGGGGUGGAGAUUCAUGUGGUGCAGGACCGGGACACGGAGGUGAUACGGCCGGCGCAGCAGGAGGAGGGGGAGGCUGAGAGGAAGAGGAUAUGGCUUGCUUACUAUCGACAUGGAUAUGGCUUGGGGGAGCACUACAAUUCAUUGAGGAAGGCGGCGUGA